AGACACUGAUUAGUUAACAAAACAUUUGUCAUGGUUGGCCACUCGGUCUCACACCCACUUACUGCGAGGAGGGUUCUAAUCCACCAGCGCACUCCCUUGCACACGACCGUGGCUCGUUUCGCUCUCUGCAGGAAACUCUUGAACAAAGCGCAUAGAAGACAAACAUGUCCCUCCUCACGCACCUGUUGGCCUGCCUGUUCGGUAUGGGCUCCUGGGUGUCCAUCAACGGCCUGUGGGUGGAGCUGCCCAUGAUUGUCCCCCAGAUCCCGGAGGGCUGGUACCUGCCUUCGUACCUCUCGGUCCUCAUCCAGAUGGCCAACGUUGGGCCCCUCUUCGUGGCCCUGAUGCAUCGCUUCCGGCCCGGCGCCCUGAAUGAGACCGCGGUCAUAUACGUGAUCAUCGGCCUGGGCACCGCGGCGAGCUUCCUGCUGUCCUUCUUCUGGAGGGAGACCGUCGUGGUGGCAGGCGUUCCCCGCAGCGUGGCCCUCCUCGUCUUGACUUUCUUCCUCGCCGCCGUCGACUGCACCUCCUCCGUCACCUUCCUGCCCUUCAUGAUGCGCCUCAAGCCUCAGUUUCUGACCACCUACUACAUUGGGGAGGGUGUGAGCGGCCUGCUGCCUGCUCUGGUGGCUUUGAUCCAGGGCGUUGGGGUGGUCCACUGCAUUAACACCACACGGGCCCUGAACCACACCCUGGACUCUUCCAGCGGCCCCGUCACCUCUGACCUCCAAGCCCAGUAUCAGCCAGCGAACUUCUCCGUCGAGGUGUUUUUCUACGUCCUGAGCGCCAUGAUGCUGGUGAGUCUGGCGGCUUUCCUGCUGCUGAACUACCACCCGGCUGUGGCCAGGGAGCAUCCCGGCGGGCGACACAAGAACGGAUCGGAGGAGGAGGCUCAGAAAGGCAGGAACUGGGCCGAGCAGAAGCCCAUGAUGGAUCCGUACCGGCCCGAAGCAAACCAGAAGCGCCGAAGCAGCUUUGGCAGCGGGACUUACAGCUGGACGCAGGUGUUGUACAUCUUCGCGAUUCUGGCGUGGGCCAACGCGCUGACCAACGUGGUGCUUCCCUCGGUGCAGUCGUACUCGUGCAUGCCGUACGGGAACAACGCCUAUCACUUAUCAGCCACCAUGGCCGCGGUGUCCAACCCCCUGGCCUGCUUCAUCGCCGUGUUCCUCCCGAUAAGAUCCCUGCUGCUGAUGGGCGCCCUCACGGUGGUCGGCAGUGGAGUUGGAGCUUUCAUCAUGGGCAUGGCGGCGCUGAGUCCCUGUCCCCUCCUGGUUGACCACACCUCGGGUGGUGUCAUCAUGGUGUUGGCCUGGGUCGCCUUCGUCCUCACUCUGUCCUACGUGAAGGUGAUCAUAGGCGUGAUCCUGCGCGACGAGGGCCACGGCGCCCUCGUGUGGUGCGGGGCCGUGGUGCAGCUGGGCUCCCUGCUGGGAGCCGUGACCAUGUUCCCCCUGGUCAGCGUGUUCAGCUUCUUCUCGUCGGGGGACCCCUGCAACACAAAGUGUCCCUGAAGGACACGGAGGGCCGCCGAGCGAGAGGCGCUUUCGGAGCCUAUUUAUUGCCCUUGGACACAUCGGAAUCUGAGUGCGACAUUUGAGCGUUUCUGUUUGUUAGAAUAAAAAAAAUAAUUUGGUACACUGUAAACGUAGCCAGGAUCACUCCUGAACAAAGCUGACAAAGUACAUUGAUCUGAUUCUGGUCUGCGGGUUGAGCGCUCACGACAUUUUUGGAAUUCUUUCCGUUUUCAUUUGUCAAUAGAUCCCACUUGUUUAUUUCGGCACAUUCCUCUCUGUUUGUAGUCGACUGGCCUAAAAGUUCAGUGUAAUGGGAUUAACGAGAUCUGUUUCACCCCUGACCUGUGCAUUCUUUGGAAAAUAAUAAAUCUCAUUUGCACAAGCUGCGCGGAAAUGGAGGAUUUGUAAUACAGAAAUAAUGAAGUCGCAUUAUUAUUAUUUUUUAUUUUUUAUUUGGAUGUGUUCUGAUCGCAUUGUUUGAGCUGUAUGUGUCUCUUUGUAAUCUGAUGACAUAAUGAGCACAUAUUUUCAGAAUGAGACAUAAUAAAUAAACAGGUGCAUUAAAGAUA